UGUUAGUGCUAUAUGAGCGCUUUAACUUAUUGACGCCAUGAACAGCAGUAUUACGAACGGUACAGCKAAGACAAAUUCCAGGAUYAUUGCUGAUUCKMUGGGGUGGUUCUGGAUUGCAAGUAUUGCCGUUUCAGUUAUAACAAUUCUGGGMAACUCCAUGGUCAUAUCUAURAUUGCAUUUACGCAAAGACURAGGACAAGGCAAAAUGUGUUUAUACUAUCCUUAGCUAUAGCGGACUUGGCUAUUGGCCUGUUUAUAACACCAACAAUGUUCGUGUGYGGUGCUUGGGUUUCCUGUGAAAGAGCUCUACAAAUCGUGUUUUAUAACUUUUUAUUGCUAUCAUCUACUGAUAACCUGCUAGUUAUGACAUUUGAUCGGUAUUUAGCAAUUCUACAUCCAUUCAAAUACCAGCGAAUUAUGACAGAUAGAACUAUUGGUYUUCUUUUAGUCGUUGCUUGGUGUUUGUCUUUGGUCUCCUCGUUUGUUCGCUUGACCUGGCUGUACAAUCAACCUUCUAAUCUCUUUCAGAUUGAACACAUAUACAUAGCAUUCAUUGAYAUUGUAUUUGGUUUAAUCCCAUGUUUUGGUUUACUACUGGCAUAUUGUCGUAUUUACAUAGUGGUUCGUAAGCAUCGAGUUCAAGACAGUAAUCAAGCCAGUAAUAUCAGAUAUAAUACUAAUGAAAUGGCCGUCCACCCACAAUUCACUGUAACGCAACCAAGGUCUUUGAAAUCUGUAGAGUUCUUGGGCGGUGUCAUUUUAGUGUUUGUGUUCUGUUACUGCCUGAACAUUUCCGUGUCUUUUUGCACGAACUUAAAAAUCUGUAAGGUUGAUGGCUACGUCAAUGAGAUUUCUAUACUUCUGGUUAUGGUCAAUUCCGCUAUCAAUUUCUUAGUUUAUGCAGUUCUAAAGAGAGAUUUUCGUCGGGAAUUAUCGAGGAUUUGUAAGAAAAUAUUACCACUUUAGUGAAAUAUUUGAUAACGAUCCUGAAAACACUGCACUUAUCUUAAAUUUAAUUGAAAUAAGGACAAUGGUUUAAACCUUGUGGCUGAAUUAGACGAUAAAUGUCACAAUUAAAAGAUUGAAUCAAGGAACCGAUAUACUAAUCACGUUAUAACCCAAUUUAGUGAAGYAUACAAUAUAUUUAAACUUACAGUUACAAAGACUAAAACUGGUCAGUAUAACUGAUAAUAAGAGUUUUAAAAUACAUACCCCAUGCUAAGUCACGUAAUUAGUUUUUUUUUCAAUAUUGGAGAUUUUGUCGAAAAGGACUUGAUUUCUUUAAAUUGACUCSCGAAAGAAAAUACUGCUAGAUAUUUUUCA